GGGAUGUCUGGCAGAGGAAAGGGUGGUAAGGGCCUGGGAAAAGGUGGCGCUAAGCGUCACCGUAAGGUACUCCGCGACAACAUCCAGGGUAUCACUAAGCCAGCUAUCCGCCGUCUGGCUCGUCGUGGCGGUGUGAAGCGCAUCUCCGGUCUGAUCUACGAGGAGACCCGUGGCGUGUUGAAAGUGUUUCUGGAGAACGUCAUUAGGGACGCGGUUACCUACACCGAGCAUGCCAAGAGAAAGACUGUCACCGCCAUGGAUGUGGUUUAUGCUCUGAAACGCCAGGGACGUACUCUGUACGGCUUCGGAGGGUAAACACUGAGUUCAAACGAAACCAACGGCUCUUUUAAGAGCCACCCAUACAUUCAGUUAAAGAGUUGUUCCGUGCGGCUAU